AUGGUGAUGGAAGACAACGAGAGUAGUAGUUGCGGUAGUAGAGCGGCAGAAUCGACUCCGGUGAGCCGUCGGCAACAGAGAAAUAAGCUUGAGGUUUGCAAUGAGGUUCUUCACAGGCUUCAAGAUUCGAAUAACCAAGCUUCCCUCUCGAUAACUGUGAUGGAAGACAACGAGAGUAGUAGUUGUAGUAGUAGAGCAGUGGAAUCGACGCUAGUGAGCAAUCGGCAACAGAAAAAGAAGCUUGAGGUUUACAAUGAGGGUGGAAGACGUUCUCACACACACAAAUGGUUACUGUAUUUGGCACAUGAUCCUGCUAAUAGACCUGCAUUUGAAGUCCGUCUAGUGCAGGUUCCUCCUAUCUCUGAUGGGAACUCUGCCGAGUCUGUUCAUUCAAACUUGCCAGGAAGGGAAGGUGAUCGGUCAAAGAUGAUUACUGAAAUCAUUGACUCUUCCUUCCCCCCCUAUGUCAGCAUUCAUCCACCACUCGUCUUUGGAUCAUCUCCUAAUCUCAAAGCCCUUGCACUUGAAGCAAACAAAUCUCAAGAUCAAGAUGGGGACAAUGUUGUAAAUGCCAGUGUAAAGUCUUCCUGGCUCAUGCAUGAAAUCACCUUUUCAACAGAUGACAAGCCAAAACUCCUCAGUGAGCCACCUGUUCGGCUUGAUUGGAAAACAUCCAAAUCCAUAACUGUAUUGACUUCCUUAAUUUAUGAGAUUGGGCUGAACAUCCAGGAAGCACAUGCUUUUUCAACAGUUGAUGGUAAUUCUUAG